GCAAACACGGAUGAGGUCAUGGGAAGUUCCACUGUCCUCCCCAUUCUGCGGAUUGGCCAGCGUCAUCAUCGCAUACCACUUGUUUAUUGGUGUUCAGCGCUGUCAAUCACGCCUCUCCUCUCAUCGGAUGAUCCUCCUCUGUAGGAUGAUCGCAACAGACCGGGGCAUCGGAGGCGAACAGGAGAACGUUACAGCUGGGGCCCGGUACAAAAUCCGUACAAAGCUUAGUUCACCAUUACGAAUUUAUUAAUUUAUACGUACAUUUAGUUUUAACCUUAAGGAGUGCUAUAUCGUCGUGAAUGGAUUAUAUCGUAUCGGAAAAGAUCAGGUUUUCGCCCGUGCGGUCGCCUCCAAGGAAAUUUGACCCCCAGCUGCAGGAGGAGCGCUGUCGAGCCGAGCACCAGCGUCAUCCGAUCUGACACCAUAUUCAGUGCGUACAGGGCAGGCUGAAACUGCAGUAAGUUAUCACCGCACGGCGCGGACGUAUUUAUACAGGACUUCUCGUUUCUGAUCACAUAAUGGCAGUGUUUAGCUCACAGGUGCUUCUCGCCGUUUCAAGAUCAAGGGGAUCCUACUUGCUUUCUAAAAGAAAUGGUUGCGCCUCGACAGCAUGUAUACGCUACCACUCCGAGUCCCUCAGACGGGCCGCUCUCACAGCCAGAUACCCCAGGCAACUGUACCCCUACUACACUUCCAGUUACAUCCGCUCAGUUACAGCCGCACGUCCUCUCCACAGCUCCUGCACGUGGCUACAGGAGGUGAAAGAUUCAGCUGUUGCCUCUGAUCCAGCCAAGAGUGACUCUGUCCCUGCUGCCUCUGGCACUCAACCACCGGCGGUGACAAAGAAGUCCCUGGGACAGAAAGUCCUAGAUGAACUCAAGCAUUACUAUCAUGGGUUUCGUCUUCUGGGGAUUGAUACAAAUAUAGCUGGCAGGAUGGUCUGGAGGUUAUUGCACGGGCAGCAGCUCACCAGGAGAGAGCGGAGAAGGCUGAUGCGGACAUGUGCCGACUUGUUUCGGCUGGUGCCCUUUAUGAUCUUCGUCAUUGUUCCCUUCAUGGAGUUUCUGCUUCCCGUUUUCCUCAAGCUUUUCCCAGAAAUGUUGCCUUCCACCUUUGAGACGGAGACCAAAAAGGAGGAGAAACAGAAGAAGGGUCUUGCAGCAAAACUGGAGCUGGCCAAGUUCUUGCAGGAGACCAUCGCCGAGAUGGCCAGAAGAAACAAAGCAGAUGUUGGAGAUGAAACACAGAGGUUCUCAACUUACGUGCAACAGGUGAGGCACACCGGUGAACAGCCCAAGACUAAAGACAUUGUGAGGUUCUCAAAGCUUUUCGAGGACGAGCUGACACUGGAGCAUCUGGAGCGCCCGCAGCUGGUAGCGCUGUGCAAACUGCUGGAGUUGCAGCCUAUCGGCACCAACAACCUGCUGCGCUUCCAACUCAUGAUGCAGCUGCGCACCAUCAAGGCCGACGAUGAGAUGAUCGCCACUGAAGGUGUUGCUGCAAUGAACGUGGCAGAGCUUCAGGGCGCCUGCAGGAGUCGUGGGAUGAGAUCUCUGGGUCUGACCACAGAUCAGCUCAGACAGCAACUUCAACAGUGGCUGGACCUCCACCUAAAAGAAAACAUCCCACCAUCUCUCCUGCUGCUCUCUCGUGCUAUGUACCUCACCGAACUCGCUCCUAAACCCCCCGUCAUCCCACCUGUGCCCAAACUGGAGAAGGCUGUUACUCCUCCCGUGGAGAGCGAAACAUCAGCCAAAGUAAAUCCACAAUCUCUGGAGGUGUUGGUGGACUCUGCUCCUGUCAUCAAAGACAGAAAGUCUGAAGAGUUGCUGGAGAAAUCCAAAGUGUUGGACAUGCCAUCACCAGAAGCUCAGUUAAUACAUGCUAAAGAAGCAGAAUUAGCACAGAAGUCCAAGAUCAGUGCAAAUGGCUUGUGAGAGAGGAGCUCCUGAUCACCACAGUAAACCUCAUUCUGUCAGAGGAAAAGAUGGUAGAGGAUCUAGUUUGGUCUUUUCCUUCGCCGUUGCUGUUUGUGCUGGGGAUCUCUUACAGUCCUGGAUUUCACAGGCCUUCAUCCCACUUCUGUACAUCACCUGCAACCAUAGAAAAGAAACCGUUUGGUGGGACAUGAUGGAUACUACAAAGCAGACAUCACUUCCUCAUAAAUGCAGAGACAUUGGUUUGUCUUGAGACUUCAAAAAACUUUUUGGGUGAAACAUCUCACUCCCUACACUCCAGUUCAACACGCUUGACACGGUUACGGCCAUUUUGGAUUUGUUACCUCGCUUGGAUUUGACAAAAUCUGUAGAUUUGUAAGGAAAAAAUGUGUUAUUUUGGUAAUCAGUCAUGCGUGAAAAUGUGUAAGGAUUUCACAGACCUGCCUUUUUUGUUUGUUGCUAAACUUCAUUUUGUAAAUUUGUAAAUAAAUUGUAAAAUAUACCUGCAUAUUAUUUAGAAAAGUGCUACUGCUUUAUACAAUCACCUGUGUCGGAUAUGUAGGUAAAAGAUGUCAUUAUUUUAUUACCAUGAAUGCAUAUGUUAGCGCUCUUGAUUUAUUUUGGCAGAUUAAUUAUAAAUGGCCCAAUAUGUAUUUUUUGCUCAAAUUCUCUUGGACAAGAAUAUUGCAUUCACCCCUUCAGGAGAUGUAAUGGUAGUUACGCCACACCUACCUAUGGCAGACUCUGCAAUUUGGCACAAAUGAAAAAUUUAAGUCAUGAUAAAUAUACUUUUUCCUUAGCGGAAACAUUAAAGUUUACAUUUCACCAGUGAUCAAAUAUAUAGAGGGAAGAUUACCCAAACGUACUUUGAUUUGUAUAAAAUUUAGAUGAUUUAGUUUCACUUUGCACUGGCAAAGAAAUAUAUAAUAUGGAAAUAUUGUAAGUUACAAGUUACUUUUAAAAACAUGAAUGAAUCCCACAUAUGUUUAGAUUGUAUCCCCCUAACCCAACUGCAAAAAACGAAUUUGUGAUGACCUUAGAUUUGUUGGUGCCCUUUUUUUAUGUGUGUUUGACAGUUAAUGAAAUAUGAACGCUGUAUCUUUGACUACAGUCAAGAAAUCAUGGUGCUUACAGCUUCAGUUUAUUUAUUUAUUUUUAAUUACACCUCUUCAUAUUUAAAUUUAACUUUUCAUCAUUUUUAUCAAAUUGACCAUUGUUCAAUUUGAAAAUAUGUAUAGUAAACCUCAUUAUUUUUUAUUAUAUUUCAAAUUUGAUAAUAGCCCAUGCCUAUUUAUCUUUGUGAAUUAAAAUACAGACCUUAGAAAUUGUACAAUUGGUUAUUAUUUAAAAAAAAAUUGUUUUACAGUAUGCGCUGAAUUUACCCAAAUAUUGUACUUUUCUCAAUGUAAACAGUUUAAAACACCUGGUAUCUUGACUGUACGCUAGAAUGCUGUUCAGUUGUUUAUUUGAGAUGCCUUCAGUGUUGUUUGUUCUUCAGUUUGAUCUAAAAAUCAAUUUAAAGAAGGUGUAACUUCUUCAUUCCUCAGAUAAGUUGUUGAGUGGAGUAUUAGAUCUGGGCUUACACUGCUUAUAUACCAUUACAGUAGUACUGUAUACAUAGCACGAGGUUGGUCAUAAGACUCCUUAUCCUCUGUGUCCUGUGAAACAGCCGGACUGGUUUAAAGCUUUGAUCAUUCAGUACACAUUUUUUUGGGUGAACACCAGUAAAACCCCUUGUUUGUGUAAA